UAUUUAGAGCGGGCUCUCUUAGAUUUGAAUACGAGCCUUCCCUCCAGCCAAUAAGAUACGAGUUCACUCAAUGACUUAAUAAAUGUAACCAAUGAGAAGGAGAGACUGGAUAUAAAUAGGAGGCACUGGAACUGGUUUCUCCACAACGUUUUUGCGCUUUGUAGUGAAGUUACAAUGGCUCGUACUAAGCAGACCGCCCGCAAGUCCACCGGAGGGAAAGCUCCCCGCAAGCAGUUGGCCACUAAAGCAGCCAGGAAGAGCGCUCCGGCCACUGGAGGAGUCAAGAAGCCGCAUCGUUAUCGACCAGGGACAGUCGCUCUCCGAGAAAUCCGCCGUUACCAGAAAUCCACCGAACUGCUGAUCCGCAAGUUGCCUUUCCAGCGCCUGGUCCGUGAGAUCGCUCAGGAUUUCAAGACCGACCUGCGGUUCCAGAGUUCGGCCGUCAUGGCUCUGCAGGAGGCCAGCGAGGCUUAUCUGGUCGGUUUGUUUGAGGACACCAACCUGUGCGCCAUCCACGCCAAGAGGGUCACCAUCAUGCCCAAGGACAUCCAGCUGGCCCGCAGGAUCCGAGGCGAGAGGGCUUAGAUACAGCUGCCACUUCUCAUACGACAACACAAAGGUUCUUUUCAGAGCCACUAAA